AUGUUUUCCGCCGCCCGACGAGCUGUCGCCAGGCCUGCCACGGCAGCGAUUGGCCGAGUUUCGCUCAAUGCCUAUGCCCACCAGCGUCUGCUCUCUGCUCUUGCGAUUCUGGAGCAGCGCGAGGGCCAGCUCACUGCUGGUUCUUUGAGCGCCGUGACCGCAGCCAAGGCCAUUGGCGGCAGCGUCCACGGAUUCUUGGCCGGCGCCAGUGUCAAGAGUGCUGCCGAGCAGGCCGCCAAGGUUGAUGGCAUCGAGAAGAUUCUGACGGUGAACAAUGCCGCCUACGAAAAGGGUCUCCCCGAGAACUACGCUCCUCUGCUCGUCGAAAAUAUAAAAAAGGGAGGCUACACGCACGUCAUUGCUGCCAACUCUGCUUUCGCCAAGAGUGUUUUGCCCCGCGUUUCUGCGUUGUUGGACUCGCAACAGAUUUCCGACGUCACUACUAUCCAAGAUGAAAAGACUUUUGUCCGACCUAUCUACGCCGGCAACGCCAUUGCCACCGUCGAGUCCUCCGAUGCCAUCAAGGUCCUGACUGUUCGAGGGACUGCUUUUGCCGCUGCUGUCCCCGGCUCCGGCUCUGCUGCUAUCGAGGAGGGUGCUGACCCCAAGGCCGAAGCUACCGCCGAAUGGGUGUCGGAGGACCUCGCCAAGUCGGAUCGCCCAGAUCUUGCUACUGCUAGCAAGGUGGUUUCUGGCGGUCGCGGUCUCAAGUCCAAGGAGGAGUUUGACAAGAUUAUGCUGCCUCUCGCCGACGCUCUCGGCGCUGCCGUAGGUGCUUCGCGCGCUGCUGUCGACAGCGGCUACGCCGACAACAGUCUUCAGGUCGGCCAGACUGGCAAGGUCGUUGCUCCCGAGAUGUACCUGGCUGUCGGCAUCUCCGGUGCUAUCCAACAUUUGGCGGGCAUGAAGGACAGCAAGGUCAUCGCCGCCAUCAACAAGGAUGCAGAUGCCCCCAUUUUCCAGGUUGCCGAUGUCGGUCUUGUGGGAGAUUUGUUUGAAAAGGUGCCCGAACUUACCGAGAAAGUGAAGAGCUCGUAG